UUCACCAUCCCUGUUUUCUAUUCUUCAUAUAAAAACAGAAAAUCUCACUUCACAAAUCACAACUACUCGAAUUCUCAAACUCGCCAACUUCUACGCAAAUCUCUAAUCAGUGCAAUUUCUGUGAUCAUUUCAAGGACAAUGGGCCGUUCCAGUCGAACAAUUUACGUUGGUAACCUUCCUGGGGAUAUUCGCGAGACUGAAAUUGAAGACUUAUUUUACAAGUAUGGGCGUAUCGUUGAUAUUGAUUUGAAAACGCCUUCAAAAGCACCCGCGUAUGCUUUUGUGGAGUUUGAAGAUUCGCAUGAUGCUGAAGAUGCCAUUUAUGGCCGAGAUGGAUAUAAUUUUGAUGGCUAUAGGUUAAGGGUCGAACCAGCAUAUGAAGAGAGAGGAUCCUCAUCCAAUAGUGGAAGUGGUCGCCGUGCUUCAAGACGUUCUGACCACAAGGGACGGUCAAGUAGCACUAUUUAUGUGGGUAAUCUUCCUGGAGAUAUUCGGGAGAGUGAAAUUGAAGAUUUGUUUCACAAGUAUGGACCUAUAGUUGAUAUUGAUCUGAAGACCCCUCGAAGACCGCCUAUUUUUGCUUUUGUUGAGUUUGAAGAUCCUCGUGAUGCUGAUGAUGCCAUCCGUGGACGGGAUGGCUACAAUUUUGAUGGCCAUCGAUUACGGGUUGAACUUGCUCAUGGUGGCCGAGGAUUAUCAUCCAAGGAUCGUAUCAGCAGUUACAGCAAUGGAAGUAGUCGCGGUGGACUUUCAAAGCAUUCUGACUACAGGGUCUCGGUAACUGGACUCCCUUAUUCUGCUUCUUGGCAAGACUUAAAGGAUCACAUGCGUCGAGCUGGGGAUGUAUGCUUUUCUGAAGUUUAUCGUGAUCGUGAUGGCAUGCGGGGGAUUGUUGACUACACAAAUUAUGAUGACAUGAAAUACGCAAUAAGAAAGCUUGAUGAUUCUCUUUUCAAGAACCAGUUUUCUCGGUCUUAUAUAAGGGUGGAGGAAUAUGAUGCUAGACGUAGUUAUUCAAGGAGCCCUAGCAGAAGCGUUUACUCAAGAAGCAGAAGUCCCAGCCGCAGCUACAGUGACAUGAGUAGAAGGUCCCUUUCUAGGUCUUCUGCUUCUGUUUCGAGAUCUGUGUCCCCACCUCCCUUAGCAUCAAGAUACCGAUCAAGAUCUAGGACUCCAACGUCAUCUCCGGCUGAAUAUAGGCGUGACAGUGAGAGUCCAUGGAGGAGGAGGAGCAGGAGCAGAUCCAUAGCGCAUUCACAGUCUGAGCUGUCUGAGUGAGAGCAAAUAUGAAGAUGGAAGCUACUUGCAAACAUAGUUUGUGGUUAUGAUAAUUUAAGUACAAGGAGUAGUAGAUCCAUGUGGAACUCCUUACUAUUGAACUUAUGUUUAAAAUGAAAUCUUAUGCAAACCAGUAUUAUGAGGUGACAUGUAGUAGAUGAUAUGUAUUUGGUGAUUUAAUAUGUAUGAGGUGACAUGGUAGUAGAUGAUAUGUAUUUGGUGAAGUAUGUCACGAUGCGGCUUUUGCUUUCUUUUCGUUUA